ACGCUCUCCUCCUCCCACCACCUCAACUGGUCGACAGACUGAGGGAAGGAUAGCGAUAACACUAACUUAACGAAUCUUGGACACUUGCUUUCUCUUCAUUAUGCGUAUAUCAAUAAGUGCUUCGCUCGUGGCGCUUGCCGUGACUGGUGCGCUCGCUCAGCUGCAUGUCGGAAAGCCCGAGGGCCGCGUACGCAAGUCGCUCGGCUUUGGGCCUGAUAUUCCUCAUGCCGUGUUCAAUACCUCCCCGGAGCAGGCAUUCCAGGGACUGUCUAGCCUUGAUAAGCCCUUUGAGACUGCAGACGCGUUUGUGAAGCAGCUCCUUCGAAGAGACGGCCAGCCCAACGAAAUGAGCGACUACGUGCUACGCGAAGACUCAUAUACUGAUGAUAAUACUGGCGUUACACAUGUGUACUUCCGCCAACGCAUAAAUGGUCUGGAGGUCUCUGACGGUCAUAUCAACGUGAACGUCAAGGAUGGUGUCGUGAUAUCUUAUGGAGAUUCAUUUUACCGCGGAAUCGUCCCGGUACCCUAUACGAGCCCUGCAUUAGAGCAAGGUCUUGCAACUCCUUGGGAGACGAACUGCCAUCACCUUGAGUCGGCUAUGGACGGAGUCUUCCGAGAAGACCUCCGUACUUUAGGCGGCCAGAGCGGUCAAGUGCGCAUGGGUAAACUCAGCGAUAUGAGUGAGCUUGCGCAGCGCCUCGAGCAUUUGUACUCGACGAAUUGCGGUGGCGUAGAACUGACAAGUAAUCGUGUUGCGACCUUGCUCGCCGAUAAACGAGGUGACUCGUGGAAUGAUCUAGGUUCGGCACGUGACGCUGUGCUCACGUUCAUGCUUGCGGCUACCCCCGACGAGAAUCUCCAGGAGGACAUCUUGGCACGUUAUGAUCACUACCUCGAGGGCAUAUCGUCAACGUUUGACACUCAUUUUCACUCUGACGGUACUAUUCGAACUGUCGAGUCGCUGUCGAACGUACCAGAUACUGUGAACGCUGUCAAGGCAUAUCAUGCGUAUGCGCAGGUACCAGACGGCGACCGUACGCUUCUCACUCUUGUAUGGAAGAUCGAAGCUGAGAUGGCCGACAAUUGGUACGAGGCGGCAGUUUCUGCUUAUCGUCCCCACAAGAUUGUCUCCGUCGUCGACUGGGCCUCAGAUGCUGUGGUCGACCCCGCACACCUUGCACCAAUUCCGAAGAAGCCCAAGGACGAAGAGCGUGCGGAGUUUGCAACAUAUAAUGUCUUUUCAUGGGGUAUCAAUGAUCCUGAGGUUGGGAACCGGACGCAUGAGAAGGAGAGUAGUGACAAACUUGCAAGUCCUCUCGGCUGGCACUCAAUUCCGGCAGUGAACGACCCGAAGUCUGUAGGCCGUGGUCACGGAAAGGUUACUAUCAACAACUACACUACGACUUGGGGCAAUAAUGUAUUCGCGCAUGAGAACUGGGAAGGCCGAAACAACUGGGAGGACAACUACCGCCCUGACACUGGCCUGGAUCUAAAGUUUAACUUCACUUAUGACCCGAAAGAGAGAGAUAGCUCCGAAUCGCUUGCCGAGGCUAAGAAAUACAUCAACGCGACGGUCACGCAGCUCUUCUAUACUGUCAACCUCGUUCAUGACUUGUUCUACCGAUAUGGCUUUGACGAGAAGUCUGGUAACUUCCAACAGCAUAACUUCGGACGUGGUGGACGCGAGGGUGACGCUGUGAUUGCGAAUGCGCAGGAUGGUAGUGGGUACAACAACGCGAACUUCAUGACUCCGCCUGACGGUCAGAAUGGUCGUUGCCGCAUGUAUCUCUGGAAUACCGCGCAACCGUACCGCGAUGGUGACCUUGAAGCGGGCAUCGUUAUUCAUGAGUUGUGCCAUGGUUUGAGCACUCGUCUUACUGGUGGACCAAUGAAUUCUGGGUGCCUUGGUUGGGGAGAGAGUGGGGGAAUGGGUGAGGGCUGGGGUGAUUUCUUCGCGACCGUCAUCAGGAGCACAGCUACAUACUCUGACUACACGAUGGGUGCAUGGGCCGCAAAUCGUGCGGGUGGUAUUCGUACAUACCCCUACUCACUGAACAUGACAAUCAACCCAACGACCUACAAGACCGUCGACAAAUACUGGGAAGUCCACAGCAUCGGCCAAGCAUGGGCCCAAUUCCUCUGGGUUGUUGCACAGAAGUUCGUUGACAAGUACGGUUUCUCGGACUCGCUCUUCCCGCCUCUCCCGCUUGACAAUGGUACGAUUCCGGAGGGCGACUUCUACCGCCCUGCAGAGUUCGAUGCAAUGGGUAGGAAGAAGCCGCUCGUGCCGAAGCACGGGAACUCGCUCAUCACUCAACUCGUCAUCAACGGGAUGAAGUUACAGAAAUGCAUGCCAGGUUUCUUGGACGCUCGUGAUGCGAUCAUCCAAGCCGACCAAGUCCUUACCGGUGGUGAGAACUAUUGCUUACUCUGGGAGGGCUUCAGUGAACGUGGACUUGGACCGAAUGCACGUGUUGAUGGGCGUACACCUUGGGGUGGAGGAAUCCGAACUAACGACUUCGAAGUCCCGUCAGCAUGCAAGGAGGGCGGCGUACCCGAUACGCCUGACGAUGGCGAAGAUGACGAGGAAGAGUUCGUCCUCGUUGACUUUGUCGAUUUUGCCCUCAGCCAUUAGCUCCCAUCACUGAGCUAGCGCAUCCAUCUAGACUAUAACUACAUAGAUUGGUUUAACUCAGUAACACUAACACAGGCCUAUGCUACGCGGUGGCGAUAUGUUUCAUUUUAGUCAUUCAUUUUUCUAUGCUGUCUUGUAUAGUAUACUGACUGUCUGUCGUUUUUGCUUUGCAAUCUACAUAACCUAUACGAACC